UGUUUAUUAUUUUUUCUUCAGCAGUUUCAACUUCGUCAUCAACUGCUUAUCGCCGCGUCGCAAAUUGCAAACCAAAGUUUUGCUGAGUUUUCAAAACCAAAAAACAACAAAAAAAACAUUCCAUAAUAUUAGCAAAUAUGUGCUAAAUAGAUAAGUGCCUGAGAAAUCUUUCCUUAAAUUUGUUUAGUUUUUGUGUAUCUUUGUUUAACAUUCCCUGUACAAAACAAUUAUGGUUUUUUGGUGUGAUUGUUUGCGAAACAAUGGCUAUCAGCAAAUCAAUGGGGUUGGUCAAGGUCCUCGAUUUGGUGUGCGUCAUGUACAAUGCAUUUUAGCCUUUUGUGGAUUGGCAGUUGCCUAUGCUUUGAGGGUCAAUCUUUCGGUGGCCAUAGUUGCUAUGACAGACCGCAAUGCUACAAAUCCAAAUUUCGAGGAAUUCGAUUGGGAUGAAGGCGUUAAAUCCUACCUCUUAAGUAGUUUCUUUUGGGGCUAUGUUGUAACACAAGUUCCUGGUGGUUAUCUCUCACAUAAAUAUGGUGCUAAAUACACAUUCUUCUUUGGCGUUCUGUUUUGCUCAAUUUUGGCCAUACUAACACCCUUGGCCGCAGAAAUAGGAGAUUGGCCCCUGCUGAUUGCUCUGCGUUCGGUGCAAGGACUUUGUCAGGGUAUGAUCUUCCCCUCGACCCAUACGUUUCUUGCCAAAUGGGCGCCCGCCGAUGAAAGAGGACGUCUUGUCAGCUAUUGUUACUCUGGAUCUCAGUUUGGUACUGUUGUUAUGCUAUCCAUAAGUGGAUAUAUAGCCUCCUCCUGGAUGGGUUGGCCGAGUAUAUUUUAUGUUUCUGGCUUGGCGGGUAUGAUGUGGUGUUUCAUUUGGUAUUUCUACAGUGCAAGUACACCAGCACAACAUCCAACCAUAACAACACAAGAACGUAGAUACAUUGAAAGUUCGGGUCAUGGAAGAAGACCCUCGGAUGCGGGGCGCUCGGAAAAUUUGCAUUUGAAGACCCCUUGGCUAAAGAUUUUAUCCUCGCUGCCCUUUUGGACUUUGCUCAUUGUACAUUGUGCCAAUAAUUGGGGCUUUUGGACUUUACUAACCGAGAUACCGACAUUCCUUAAGAAUAUAUUGGGUUUGGAUAUACGACACAAUGGCCCUUUGUCGGCUUUACCUUAUUUGGCCAUGACUUUGUUGUCCUAUGGCUUUAUAUGCAUAGCCGAUAUUAUGAAUCGCACCAGUGUAAUGCCUUUGGCAUUUUCCCGAAAACUGUUCAACACGAUAGGCAUGUGGAUACCCAUGAUAGCUUUGAUGGGCCUGGGCUACAUAACCACUGGGGAGAGCACAGUGUUGGCCAUAGCUUUGUUGACCAUAGCUGUGGGAGCCAAUGCUGCCACCUACUUAGGCUUCCAGGUGAAUCACAUCGAUUUGUCACCCAAUUUUGCUGGCACCCUAAUGGGCAUAACAAAUUGCGCCGCCAAUGUAAUGAGUAUCAUAGCACCCUUGACUGUGGGUCUUAUAGUAACGGACGAGACCAAUCCCUUGCAAUGGCGCAUUGUCUUCUAUAUCACUGCGGCAUUUUAUUUCCUGGGCAAUUUAAUGUUUCUCAUAUUCGGCCGCACUUCUCCCAGGGCCUGGAACUUUGCUCAGCCAGCCAAUCGAACCAAUGCCACAGCAGUUGAUGAAGAGGCUACCGAAACCGAUCCUUUGCAACCCAAUUCCACAUAAGCAUACCAAGCUGAAGCUUUUAGUCUUUCAUUUCGGAUUUUGUUUUACUACGAUGAUGAUGAUGAUAACAUUGUGAUCUUUUUUUAUGUGUUUGCAUUAUGCUUUUUUUUAUAAAUAUGUACGCACAUACAUAUGUUUAUGCCUAGUUGAUAUGUAUUAUAAGGUAUGCUCUCUGUCCUUGCUCUGAAAAUUAUGACCUGCCUAUAUAUCGUACAUAGUACAUUGUUAAAGAGUGAAAUUAUAUAUAAGUAUUUUUUUUAACUUAUUUAUGUAUUACACAACUUUCGUAAUGUCACAAAACUUACGAUAAUACAAUUCAUGCUUUUAUGUAUUUUAUGUACAAACAGUUAUGCUAAUCGAAAUCUCGAAAAUGUAAAAAGAAUUUAUUUGCCUAUAACGAUAAUACGGGUGAAGCAGUUGUUUUCACCAAAGCAAAAUCAAAAUCAAUUAAAAUUAUAAAUAAAAUUGAAAAUUUAUUUAUUUAAAAAGUUUAUGGGCUUUAAUAAUAAAUUAUUAUUAUUUUUUUGUAA